GCGCCACCAGGUAUCGUACAUCGUAUUCUCAUGAAGACGUCCGUCCGUGCGCACACGCACACUGAAGUGUCAUCACCAAAGUCAGUUAAGCGGGCAUUGAGGUUCGAAAGGAACCAAAGAUAAAAGUGCCUCUUACCGCAAUAUAUAUACUCCGUAGAAUCUGUCCUGCCUUCUUCGUUUCUUCUUUAACUGCAGUGUCCUUCUUGUUCAUCGUCUUCAAGCUCGCUUCGCCUUAUUGUUUUUCGAAGGAAGAAAAAAGCAGGGGCGCCAAGAGACACUCGCGUGCGUAUUCGGGGUUGUGGACACCGCCGGCGUGUCGCUCGUCGUACCUCGCACCGUAGACUGUGGAGUCACAUCACUGUUGGAGAAAACCCAAAACCAAAACACCAGCACCGACUCAGUUCACAGCAACAAAAACCUUUUUUUUCUUUUCUCUUUUUCUUGAUCAUUCCUCCUCCCCCUUCUCUCUCCUUUCCGUCUGAUGCACUCGAUGUCGGUGGAGGACUCUUUUGCGGACAAUGCAGCGCUGCUGGGCAGCAAAAGCAGCAGCUUCCGCUCCUACGGAACCUCCGUCGCGGAUGUAAACGCGUUCGACCGACAGCGGAAGGAGGACCUCGCCUCCUCGGUCCGUCGGCGCACCAGCCAGCGUCCCUGUUGCGUGACAGUUGGUGGAGAGGAGUACGGAACUGGCAUUCAAAGUAAAUUGGAGGAAAUCUUCGGUCGUGCCAGUGAGGGCAUGCCGUCCUACGAAGAGCUCGGUAAGGUGGAGGGCAUCGCCAAGUCCCUCCACACCUCUCUGAGGGACGGCAUCGAUGCCCACAGCGCCGCGGAGCGCCGUCGCUUCUUCGGCAAGAACGCGCUGCCGGAGGACCCCCCGCUGACCUUCUGGGAGAUUUACAAGGGUGCGUGGGAAGACAGCAUGAUCCGCCUGCUGGCCGCUGCGGCGUUGGUGUCCCUCGUGCUGGGGCUGACGGUGCCGGAGCCUGGGGAGACGCGGGCGAACUACAAGACUGGGUGGAUCGAAGGCUUCGCCAUCCUGUGCUCCGUCUUCAUCGUGACGUCUGUGUCGUCGGUGAACGACUACCGCAAGGAGCAGAAGUUCCACAAGCUGACGGAGGAGAACUCCGCGCAGCCGAUCCGCGUGCGCCGCGACGGUGCGGAGGUGACGGUCGACGUGACGGAGAUCGUUGUGGGCGACGUUGUGAACCUGUCGCCCGGUCUUGUGGUGCCCGUGGACGGGUUCUUCGUGCGCGGCAUGAGCGUUGUGAUCGACGAGAGCAGCGUGACGGGCGAGAACGACCCGAAGAAGAAGAACGCGGAGGCGCCGAUCAUCCUGACGGGCACUGUUGUGAACACGGCGGAGGACGCGUACAUGCUGGCGUGUGCGGUGGGCGAGCGCUCCUUCGGUGGCAAGCUGCUGAUGGAGUCGCGCGGUGCGGGUGCGCCACGUCCGACGCCUCUGCAGGAGCGCCUGGACGAUUUGGCGGAGAAGAUCGGCCGCAUCGGCAUCAGUGCCGCGGCGGUGCUCUUCGUGAUUCUCGCGUGCAUUGAAAUUGCCGACCUCGUCCGCCACCGCCCCAACGCCAGCUAUAAGCACUUCCUCGACUACUUCAUUCUCUGUGUCACGGUCGUGGUGGUGGCCGUGCCGGAAGGGCUGCCGCUGGCCGUCACGAUUGCGCUGGCCUACUCGCAGAACAAGAUGCACGACGACAACAACCAGGUGCGCCGCCUGCGCGCGUGCGAGACGAUGGGCAACGCGACACAGAUCUGCAGCGACAAGACGGGCACGCUGACGCAGAACCGGAUGAGCGUGGUGCAGGGCUACGUGGGCAUGCAGCGCUUUCGUGUUGCGCAACCAGGUGACAUUCCCCAACCCAUAACGUGUCUUCAUGAUGUCAACCCCCGCAUCCGGGAGAUGCUGGUGGAGAGCCUUGCGAUCAACAGCUCGAGCGAGAAGGUUGUGAGCACGACGGACAAGGAGGGGCACGCGGUUGCGCCGUACUGGCAGUGGAUGACGGACAAGGGCAACAAGACGGACAACGCGCUGCUGGACUUUGUGGACCGCGCGAUGCUGGCGGACGCGGACGUGAACAACAUGAAGGAGCGGCCGCACCAGCGGAUGCGUGCGGCGUGCCACAAGCGCGGGUUCAUGCUGUUCCCCUUCACGAGCGAUCGGAAGCGGAUGAGCGCCGUGGUGCGCCAGGAGGACGGGACGCUGCUGCACCACGUGAAGGGCGGCUCCGAUCGCGUGCUGCCGCUGUGCGACCGUUACGUGAACGAGGCGGGCGAGGAGGUCCCCAUGACGGAUGACGUGCGUAACUUGAUUACGGCGCAACUCCGCACGUUUGCCACCGACGCUAACCGCACCAUCGGUGUUGCGUACACCACCCUGAGCGGGAAGGAGCUCCCGGAGGACGAGCCGACGGAGAAGCUGGUGUGGCUGUGUCUGAUCGGCAUUCACGACCCGCUGCGUCCGGAGGUGGCGGAGGCGGUGCAGAAGUGCCAGAUGGCCGGCGUGACGGUGCGGAUGUGCACCGGCGACAACCUCGAUACCGCCCUUGCCAUUUCUCGUGAAUGCGGUAUUUUUAAUCGUUCACGCGGCGACCUCGCCAUGACCGGUCAGGAUUUCCGAAAUCUUGUGUACGACGCCUACGGUGACGAGGAGCGGAUGGAGAAGUUCUGGCCUGUUCUGGACCACAUGACGGUGAUGGCUCGCUCGCAGCCGCUGGACAAGCAAUUGCUGGUGCUGAUGCUCAUGGUGCGUGGCGAGGUGGUGGCGGUGACGGGCGACGGCACGAACGACGCACCUGCGCUGCGGCUGGCGAAUGUGGGCUUUGUGAUGCGGAGCGGCACGGAUAUCGCCGUGAAGUCCGCGGAUAUUGUGCUGCUGGACGACAACUUCCGCUCCGUGCAGCGCGCCGUUGUGUGGGGCCGGUGUGUGAACGACAACAUCCGCAAGUUCCUGCAGCUGCAGCUGACGGUGAACUACGUGUCUGUGGCGCUGACCUUCAUCGGGUCGGUCAUGACGGGCGGCGCGUCCUCGCCGCUGACGACGGUGCAGCUGCUGUGGGUGAACCUGAUCAUGGACACGCUUGCCGCCCUUGCCCUCGCCACGGAGGAGCCGAGCGAGGACUGUCUGCGUCGUGGUCCUGUCAGCCGCAAGGCCCCGCUCAUCUCGCGCCGCAUGCACGUCACGAUUGGUGCCGCUGCGGCGUACAUGCUGGCGCUGACGCUCGCGGUGCAGGCGUACGGCAACGUGUGGUUCCGCGCCGGCCCGCUCGAUGGCGUGGAGCACCAAACCAUCGUCUUCAACGUCUUUGUGCUAUCGACACUGAUUCACAUGUUCAACUGCCGAAAGCUGUACGACGAGCUGAACAUGUUCGAAGGUCUGUGGAGUCGGUCGCGUCCUCUCAUUGCGGUUCUUGUCUUCUGCUUCGGCUUCCAAAUCCUGGCAGUGGAGACCUUCGGCGACUUCAUGAACGUCACGUCGCUGCGCGGGGAAGAGUGGUUUGCCUGCUUCAUGGUGUCCGUGAUUGUGCUGAUCACCGGUUUCAUCUCUCGUCUCAUACCCGUGAAGGAGGCCGUUUAUGAGAAGACCUUCGAUGCCCAGGUGCUGGACAGCGACGCGAGGACGAUGCUCGCCAAGAUCGACAUCACGGUGGCGACGGCACAGGAGAGCGAUACGUCCUACGGCACAGGCGAGUACCUGGACAAGGCGCGUCGUCUACGUGCGCGUGCGCUGUGGCGUGAGGCCCGGCAGCAUCACGUGAAUGCCGGCCGCGUGGUGCGCGCGUUCCGCCGCGCUCGUGCGGAGAAGCUGGAGGAGACCAGCGGCUUCGUCGCCCUCGCGUAA